CUGGGUUUAGACUGCCACAGAUGCUCUUGCUUGUUGGGUCUAAAUAUGGCCAAAUUGCUCCUGAUGGGAAAUGAUUUGGUACAACUGGACCUGGGAGUUUUUGUAUCUCCUGCUUAUAGUCUUCAUAAUUAUAUGUGCCUAUUGGGUGACGUCGCGCCGCCAGGUUGGCUGUCCUGGGACUAGAUCUGUCAGCAUCCAGGGGACAGAGACGGCCUCCUUCCACAUCCUCAAAGAAGAAAAGAAUACACACAAAAAGAAAAAGAUUACAGAGUCACUGAAGUUGACAACCUGCAAGGAUAGAUAUUAUAGCAAGGAUGUGGACCUUUCACCCAUUGCAGAAGAGAUGGAUUCAAGCAGCGAUUGCCUAUCUAGCAUGUCCCUGGCAAUGCUUUCCUCCCUGGAGAGUAGUUGGUCGGCAUCCUCUUCAAGCCUGUCAGAGGAAGAUCUCUCCCUUGCAGAGACUGAGACCAGCUGCGUUGUCAUCAGUGCUGAAAAGACCGAAGUGGCAUCUGAAGGGGAGAUCAUGGAGCUUCAGAGUGAUUUUGCAGAUGGCCAGGACAGCAACUCCUGGAUACUGCUGAGACUGGAGCCUAAGCUCCAGAGCUAUUCUGUCUGCAGUGAUUCAGAGAAUCAGGUACACUCUGAUCGCUCUCAAACACCUCUUACAACAGAUCUGCCUUCUGAUUUUUCUCUACCAAUACCCACAGCUGAGCCAGGUUCUACGACUGCCUCACCACCUACAGCCUCAUUGUCCUUUGUUUGCUCUCUAUCACCUGCUACAAGCCAGGCGCCUUAUAUUAAUUCUUCAUCACCUGCUACAGUCUGGUUGCCUCCAGCUUACUCAAUAUCACCCGCCACAGGCAAGGCAUCGUCUACCACUUUCUUGUCACCUUCUCCAGCCCAGGUGACUCCUGCUCACUCCCAAUCACCCGCAAUGGCCCAGAAGCCUUCUGAUCACUCCCAUUCAUCUCCCAUAAACAGGAUGCCUUCGGCAGCUCAAAAGCCUUCCCCUCACUCCCCAUCACCUUGCACAGCUAAGAUGCCUUCUACAGCUCAGGAGACCCCUCCUCGUUCCCUAACACCUUGUACAGCCAUGAUACCUUCUACAACUCAGCAGACCUCUCCUCACUCCCUGUCACUUUGCACAGCCAAAGUGCAUUCUACAGCAUGGGACAGUUCAAUUUCAUUGUCUUUUAUUCAACCUCUACCACUCGCUACAAGCCAGGUGUCUUUUACUCAUUCUCCAUCAUCUCCAGCUUACUCGGUAUCAUCUGCCACCACCAAGACAUCUUCUACUACAUUCUUAUCACCUUCCCCUGCCCAGGUGACUCCUGUUCACUCCAAAUCACCUUCAAUGUCAAAGAAACCUCCUAUAGACAACAAGUCUUCUACAACUCUGGAGACCUCAGUUCUCUCCGCAUCAUUUUACACAACCAAGAUGCCUUCUACCACCCAGAAGACCUCUCCUCGUUCCCUGUCACCUCACACAACCAAGAUGCCUUCUACAGCCAAGAAGACCUCUCCUCAUUCCCUGUCAGCUCACACACCCAAGAUGCCUUCUACAGUCCAGAAGACCUCUCCUCAUUCCUUGUCACCUCAUACAACCAAGAUGCCUUCUACAGUCCAGAAGACCUCUCCUCGUUCCCGGUCACCUCACACAACCAAGAUGCUUUCUACAGCCCAGAAGACCUCUCUUCAUUCCCUGUCAGCUCACACAACCAAGAUGCCUUCUACAGUCCAGAAGAUCUCUCCUCAUUCCCUAUCAGCUCACACAGCAAAGAUGUCUUCUACAGCUCAGGAGUCCCCUGCUCACUCCCUAAUACCUUGCACAACCAAGAUAGUGUCUACUACUCGGGAGACCUCACUUCGCUCUUUGUCACUACACAAAGUCAAAACGACUUCUACAGUUGAGGGAACCUCUCUUCACUCCCCCCCACCUCACACAGCCAAUAUGCCUGUUACAGCUGGGAAGACCUCUGCUCACUUCCCAUCACCUUGCACAACCAAAAUAUCUUCUACACCUCAAGAGACCUCUGCUCACUCUCCAUCACCUUGCAGAAUCAAGAUGCUUUCUACAGCUCUGGGGACCUCUGCUUAUUCUCUAUCAUCUCGCACAGCCAAGUUGCCUUCUACAAUUCAGGAAACGUCCAAAUCAUCCCUCACUAAUAGGAUAUCUUCGACUCCCUCUGUAACAGCUCCUAGAGCUUGGGUGCCUUCUUCUCAGUCCUUAUCAUCUCACAUGUCCCAGAUGCCUUCUCUUCACCCUCUAUCAGCAACUCCAGCCAGGAAGCCAUCUUCUUGCACUCAGUCAAAUGCUGUCCCUCCUGCAGCCCAAAUGCCUCCUGCUCAGUCCAGACCACCUCCCAGAGCUAGGGGCAGCUGCUCAGCUAGGAUGUCUCCAUUACCAGUCAGCCAUAUUGAUGUGAAAGCGACUGCCCAGCUUCUGGAGGUCAUGAUAUCAGAGGGAGGCACCUGCGAAGAGAAGAAACAGGCCUUGCCAGUGGUUCACUACCCCCGUCGUGUCCCCUACCUAGCUAUUGACUCAGUGACCAGGCAGCACUUGGAAUUUAAUAUUACAAAGAAGAUAAUCCAAGAGCUCUGGGGGAAGCCCAUGGCACUCAUUCAUACCCUUGAUAAGCUGGCAGGCCAUGAAAGAAAUCAGGAUGCCACUUCUCUGAACCAAGGUGCAGUCUCUGCAAAACCUGACUCAGCCAAGCAAGUGCCCAAGGACAAGUCCCCUGAUCCAAUGAAACAGCUGUUACAGGGGCCUUCCCAAGCCAAACAGCUUAUGCCUCCUGAGACGAGAUGUCAGGUGCCAAAACAAAUGAAAACCUCCUUGCAGGUACUUUCACCACAAAUCUUGAAAGAGAAGCUUUGCCAACCUGUGCCCCUGUUUCCCUCAAAGGAACAAAGUCUUUUCCAAGCCACACCGGGAGCCGGAGGAGAGGGAAAUGGGUUGGAUAAAAUAGCAACAGAUGGCCUUUACCAUGUAACACCUGCCCCACUAAUGGACAAUCUAAGGAUGACUAUGAGGAAUAAACCUAGUGGCACAAGAGACAGAAAGACAGUCAUCUAUAGCAGUGUCAGGACAGGCAUCUCCUUACAGGAUGAAAGCAAAGCUAGGGCUUCCCCUGACAUUCCUGCAGAGAACCCAGAAAGAGCAGAAAGUCGUGAAUUGAAGAAAGAAAGCAUCAUCAAGAUUACCCACAGGAAAAAGGAAAAUGCAACCCAGAAAAACCUAAAAUGCCAUCAAGUAAGCUGGGAAACCUCGCAAAAUCAAGCCAUUGCUUUACCAAGACCUGAAACUGCUACACUUGUGCCCUCUGCCAUGCCUCUUCUGCCUCAAAGCCCACCUGCUUCACAGCAGCCCCUCCAGUCAUCGGAGAAGUCACAGCAUGGUAAGGCCCUCUCUCAGGAAGCACCCCCACAAGUCAGGGCAGAAGUGCUUCCCCACCCUGCCCCCCUAAUUUGCCCUGAAAGGGAAAGUGUUGUCCAAACCACACCAAAGACCAGACCAGAGGAUGGCAGGGGAUUGGAGCAGGGAAUAAAGACACCUACAAGUCCUCUUCCCUUGAAGCAAGUUAUUCCCUCCCAGGCAGUGCAGCUAUUGCAAGCUGACAGUCAGUCAGCAAGCAUAGCACAGCCACCCACUAGUUUCCAGGAGCCAUCUGAAAAACUUUCCCUCUCACAUCUGGAACACUCCAUCUUCUCCUCACUGAGCAGGAAGCAAGUGAUGAAAGAACUACAGCUGAGUAUGGCACAAAGUUUGGAGAUGGUUGAUGGAGUACUGAGGGCAGAGUAUCCUGUGUGCCGCUUAUGUGGAAGCUGCAGCCCCAGUUGCCCCCACCCCCGUUCUCAGCAAGACCCUCUCCUGCAAAUCUACCCACGGUUGAUCAAAUGCAAUGGGAAGGUGCAUCUGUACUUAAAUGUCCACCUGAAAAUGCAGAAGAACCAUGCCCAGGAAUGGGGGUUGGUGGAGGCCAUUGAAGUAAAUGAGAUGGAGAAGCAUCCACCACACAGAUACAGUAGGCAUGCAGAGGGAAGUGACCUAGCUAAAGCCCCCUGUAAAUUGUCCAAAUUUAGGGUGCAACCUUAUCAAAUAAGGACUGAAGUCCCAGCUGCCUCCAUGUUAGCCCAAGGGUAUUUUGCCAACAAAGCAACAGUCACAGAGGAGUUAUCUAAGUCCUCCAGUGUGCAACAACAAUUAUCACAUGUCAUGAUGGACAAGAAGCAUCAUCAGGCCAAGGCUCCUCCAUGCUUCAUAGGCUCUCCUGAAGCUUUGCCUUGCCCAACACCGGAAAGUUCAAUCUGUACAUCCACAAGUGUUGGGCAACUGGUGGAGGGUCUUUGUCUAAGUGGGACACAAAGUCUGAAUAUGGCCCAUCGGGAGCUGAGAGCUGAAUGUUCUGUGUGUCCACAGUGUGGCAACUGUAGACCACAUUGUUCCCAUCCUCAUGAUCAGCAAGAUGCUGUCCUCCUUGUCUACCCCCGCUUGGCUAUUCGGAAUGGACAGGUGUAUAUGGACAUGGACUACUAUGUAAAGAUGAAGAUGGCCCAUGCCAAGAAAUGGGGACUUCUGAAGAACAGGUCAGUGGAUAAGGCAAAAGAAUGCCCUCCAGAGCAAUGCAGUGGCAAUGCACAAACCAGGGACCCAGCUGUUCAGGACUUUCAGGCCUUUAGCUGUUCAUUUGACAGGAUGGGGCGUCAUAGUCACAUGGCUGUCCGGAUCCAAACUUCUCCCCCUUUACAUCAAAGGAGACUUACAAAGGUACAACUAACCAAACAGGAGUUUCCCUUGCUACCUAGCAGGCACACACAAUGCCCGCAGGCAAAAGGAUUUCAGACAAAGUACUCUGAAUGUGAUCCCAAUACAACAACAUUGUCUCAAAACCCCAUGAAAAGGAUACUGCAUGCUAUCAAGCAGGCUUGGGCAAGGAUCCGCAAACGCAAAGAGACAAAGAAGCUUCCCAACAAACAGGUUGGGUCUGAACCCUCAAGAAAAUUGGGGGUAGCAUCUUCCUCACAGCGCUCUACCUUGCCCCGGAGGGCUACUUCAGUGACACCAAAGAGAUUGAGUGUUAUGCCCACUAAAAAGCCUAUCCCUAGAGCCACAGCUAAAUUUCAGCCUCCUCUAAGCCAACAAACCAACAGCCUUGGCAUCAUCAAAAAGUCUAAUAUACAAACGCUGCCCUGCAAGCUAGAUAGCAAUGAAACAGGGUCCAGGAAUUCUGGGGCUGAUUUGCCCAGACAAAACUCUAGUAUCCCGCCAAAAACAAGGGGUACUAUUAACACCAAAGUAUCUUUAUGUCCCCAUAAGAAGGAGGGGAUUGUCCCAUUGACACAAAAGAGCACACAAGUCAAGAAGAAAUUGGGCCACAGCCUCCAAAAGCCACCAUCACCUCAAUGUCCCAGGAAACCAAGGGGAGGUCUUCUUUAUUAAUGAUGGCAGCAGAUAUACAACCACCUAUUUGAUUCAAGAAAUGAGUCAAGUGCUUCAAAGACUACAGAAGUAUAUGAGGCAGUGACCAAUAAAUUUAACCCAAAGUGACAAA